CUUGUAAAGUCAGACCAGUUCCUUUCAUUAUUACUAUUCGUAUGUGUGAAUGUGAACUUUACUCGCAUCCUUGAUGAAUUAUCGUGAAUCAGAUCAUCUCCGUUGAUGUUAUUCAAACUAUCCAGGCAGUGUGCAGCACCGCUCAGCUGGUAUGAAAGAAGAGCGCCACUACCAGAGGAAACAACGCGUAAAUCUGGAAGAGGAAAUGAAUCAUCUUUGCUCUGUCAAUAAUAACUUCCCAUAUGACAACAACCUCCUGGUGUUGGAUAUGGUCCUGAGCUCAGUUUGGGCAACACCUAAGCCAAUCAACUGGGAGAAUGUUGCUAAGUUGGUGCCAGGGUUUACACCUAAAGAGUGUGCACGAAGGUUUGAAGAGCUGAAGACUACUGGCAGUUUUCCUCAUGUUGACGACCAGUGUAACCCACUGACCGGAGCGGUGGGCUCUCCAACCGAACCCUUUUCCUCCUAUAUCAAAUCCAAACUAUUGGACAUAACUGGAGAGACAGAGGAACCACAGUCCAAUCAGGGAACUCUCUCUGUGUCAGGCCUCACUGUGAUCCCUAAUGGUCGAGGAGGCUCUGCAGAAAGUGAGAUUACAGAUCCUGAAGAAAAGGUUGAGAGGACAGAAGGGGGUAAAAGCCCCAACAUGGUCAUCCACGUGUGUGACGAGGCAAAGAACCUGAAGCAGGACUUUGUGUGUCCGAGGUACCUGUUGGUGAGAGAGAUGCGUUACUUUGAAGAGUAUCUGUCUGUGGACCCACAGCGCUGGGACGAGGUAGAAAUUUCUGUCCACUGUGAUGUCCAGAUCUUCGACUGGCUAAUGAACUAUGCCAAGAGUCACAGCACUGAACAGUCGCAUGGAAAAAACCUUGACAAGCCCAAAUUGGAGCACAGCAAUGUCAUCUCUAUCCUGAUCUCCUCCGAGUUCUUGAAGAUGGAAACUUUAGUUGAGGAGUGUAUCCAGUUUUGUCACAAACACAUGUGUGCCAUUAUAGCAACGCCAUGCAAUAUGAACAGCAUCAACAACAAACUGGCCGGACACAUUGCUGAUCAAUUCAGCCACAAUGAGGCAGAUGACCUCAAUGACAAAAAAGACAAAUUCAAAAGCAAACUGUUUCAGAAGAAGAUUGAGAGAUUGUUUGAUCCUGAUUAUCAGAAUCACGACUCUCCUGGUAACGCAUCUACUUUGCACCGAUGUGGACUUUGCCUUAAGCUUCUAACCAAAGAAACAGAGAGAAAAAUCCCUUGUGUUCCAAACAAAAUCAACAUAGACACCCGGGGGAACAUUAUAUUCACUCACACCAGACAUAAGACAUGGGAGGUACAUGCGUAUUUAAAUGGACUUUAUGAAGAGUUGAAGUCCUGGGUUCUGGUCUACUGGAGGAUCUGGGGCACUAUCAAUUUCCUCACCUGCACGUAUUGCAAACAGGCAUUCCUGUGUAAAGAGUUGGGCCAAUGUAAAUACCACCCAGAGGCCGUUGUGUAUCCUGGUAUCAGGACAGAUCAUAAAUGGCACGGCAUAGGUCAUUACCCCUGCUGCAACCAGAGAGACCUACGAUUUGAACCCUCCUCCAUGCCCAAGGGCUGUAAAAUAUGAGACCACACUGUGAGUGCGCCAGAUGGUGAAAACUGUGGCGAUCACAAUGUAAACCCAACGCAGACCAGAAUACUGGAUGACUUGCUGCUACACAGAGAGGCUGUGUGUGUGCCCGAGAGCUCUGAGGACCCUUCUGCAGGCAGUCAACACAUGUCAGGCUGUGAUAUAACGCUUCAGCCAGGGGUGCUUACAGCUCACAGACCUGGGGAAACCACAGCUUUUUCACUGUUAAAAAACUGUCUGCAGCUGUGGCAGCAGUCUAUGUUGUCUGAAGAUGAGUACACUACAGGGUCAGAGGACACAGAGGAUGAGUUUGGGGAUGAAGAACACACUUCAAAAAAACAAGCUGCAAAAAAGGCAAGGAAAUCUGGCAAACCUUUGAAAAGAGAAGUGUCCUCACCAAAUUUCCAGCGUAAAGAGAAAUCUGUAGAGAAGGUGCCUUCUCGAGACUCAACCCCAUUCAUCAUCAACAUCCAGAAGAAUAAGUGGGAUAGCACUCGCUCCAUGAGGUACAAUCAGGACGCACAGAGGGAGGAGGAUCAGAGGAGAAUGGAAGAGAUUAUAGCAAAUCUCACUAAAAUGCGCAUUGGUGACCAGGAGCAGACAAAAUUUAAAGACAUCAAAGAGCCUGCUGGGGGGAUCUAUUCUAGACUGGAGGCCCAGUUAAAGGCCUCUUCUCAUCCCAGUGGAAGACACAGCAGCUCAGAGAAAACUCUACGAGCCAAGACACGCUCUGGGCCAUCAAGGCCGACUUAGAGAAUAGAUGGAGUUGAGAGGAUGAGUUUGUCAAGAGGAGUAAAGAGGUUGCUGCUGUUUGACAAGCUAGAAGAAACUACCGCUCUCUUCGUCCAUCCUUUGCUCUGCUCCUCACCCCCCUCUCCAAAGUCCAGCCAGACACAACAAGAAUAGCAUUAGAAUCCGUUACAAUCCUGUGAGAAGAAUGGAAUGCUGGCAGAGUCGGUGAUGUCAUAACUAUAGCUAUAAAACAUUAACAAUGGACCUAAUAGAACCUUCAGUUGCACUGCAAACAAUACAAGCUUUUGGCUGCUAUUGAAUUGGUUGCAACAACUGUGCAUCCUCUUCCUGCAUCUGUAUGAGUCACACAAGUACUGUUGGAUUAUAUUUUGCAUCUUUUGCUUUAUCUCAUCUCUUUCUGCCUCAGGAUGCAUCCCAGCCUCAGUGCAUUGUAACGUCCAUGCCAAUGCAUCAUUCUAGUCGACUCAAGUGACCAGACAAAGCUCAUAUCCGUGGUACUGACCCUGCACUUUAAGCCGUCUUAAUGCAAUGACUUAAACCUGUAUAAUGCAAAGGAGACUGUAUAGAGAGGUUGAUGCUGACCAUUAAAGACUAAUUCUUGUGAGGUCUAUGACUAUAUUGCUCUCCAGAGCUAUCAGAACUGUGCUAUUUGGACUUAUAUGAUGUGGACAGUUGGGGUAGAAAACUGAAUAAAUAGUCAUUUAAAAUAAGUCUCUCUCUUUUUUUUUUACUAGUUUACUUUACAAUUGCUUUAAGUUACAA